AUUUAUUCUUCAAAUCCCCAUUCUUCCUCGUUGAGUUUUUCUAGGCCUCGUUACAUUUUAAAUCUUGAAAUUUUAUUCCCUCGAUUACACUUUCCCGUCGCCAAAUCAUCGAACGAACCCUAGCGCUCUUUCAGAUCGGAUCAAAAAACGCGAAAUUUUCGGAAAUCGAAGUGCAUGGGGGCGUUUGAUUACUCGACAGAGAGGAGUAUCGAAGGCUUGCAUGGAGACUGAUUCCUCGACGCAGCAUUAAAGGGACAACGCCGGCAUUCUAUUCCAUAUCAAGUCUGCUCACUCCCCGCAACAUUGGUAUCUUUGAGCAUUAGUUUUCAUAUUAUUUUCACUCCUCCAUCCUCUAUUUCUGCUUCAUCCUCGUAUAAUGAGCAGAGAUUGGUCAUACAGUGAAGUUCUGAAGGCCGUCUUCCCUCUCCUAGAUGGCCCUGAUCUAACCUCAUGUAUGCUUGUUUGUCAUCAAUGGAGAGACAUUGCUAAAGAUGAUUACCUUUGGAAAUGCAUCUGUGCUAAAAAAUGGCCUUCUAUCUUCAAGAGACCUCCACCUGCUUUAAGCUACCACAAGCUUUUUGUAUCUUUCUCAAAACCUCGUCGUACCCAGCCCCUCCUACCUCCCAAGCUAUCCUUCAACGACUUGGACUUCUACUUUGAUAUCUGGUCCGAUGACAAAUUAAUCUUUUCUGAAUCAAUCUCUGGCACUACACUUCGAUUAGGGAUCAAGAAUCCGCCACCUGGCAUUUCUGAUGUCCUCAAGUCUCACCUCGAUAACCCAGAUUACAAGAUGAUGAUGCAGGUGGAACCGAGAUUCACGAUUCCUCUUGGUCGGUCUGUUUCAGUUUCGGUGCUUGUAACCAGAAAGGAUACUGAUCAGAUUGCUUGCAUCCUGAACAAAUCCAUGUUUGAUUAUGUCGAUGGAACCGCUUUUAGGGCUUUGGCGUAUGACUACCUUACCUUUUCUCCUACUCAUCCAUUUGUAUCUGGUAUCAGGGCUUGGGUCUCUUUACUGUUCUUAGCAAACAACAGUGACAGUAUUAUUGAUGUGUUUGGUAUUGAAAUGGAUUUUUGUGAUGCUGCUAACUCGGAGAAUGAGGUUCUGUGGCUGUUGGAUAUCCUGGAUUGGAAAUAGAAAUGAGUAAAAAUAAGAACCCUCUUAACUGUGAUGAGGGUGGAGGAGAAUGUGGAUUUUCUUGUUUUACUUUUAAUGUUACGAUUAUUUUUUGGUGGGGUAGGGUGGGGUGGAACGGGUAAUGAGUUGGCCAUUUCUUUCUAUUUGUUGUCAAUUUGUUAUUUUCUGUACUUCAUCUUGUAUGUUCAACUUCAGAGGUUCGAUACCGUGGGUGUUCGAGUGGUUUUUUUUUUUCAUAUUAAUUAAGGAGCUGUUUUUUCUA